GGAUAUCCCGUGACAACAACGCUAAGCCGUUCCAGGCAGCUCCCGCCAGCCCUGGCCAAGUGCGCGCUCUCUCAACCUUGGCUUCAACCUUCCAACCUCACCCAGUCCAACCGCAACAACCUCCAGCUCAACCCUCGACACUCACCACCGUCUUCCUCCCACCCGUCUCCCCAUCUCUACUACGAGACUCCCAUAUCAAACCGGACUCUCCGCUAUUAAUAUCUAACCGGGAGAACUCGCUCCGUUCAACCCCUGCCACCUCCAAAAUGCCUACAGAUCUCUGCCCCGUCUACGCGCCCUUCUUCGGUGUUCUGGGCUGCACGUCCGCCAUCGUCUUCACAUGUUUCGGUGCUGCCUAUGGCACCGCCAAAGCGGGCGUCGGUGUCUGCGCAACUUCUGUCCUGCGGCCCGAUCUGAUUGUUAAAAAUAUCGUCCCCAUUGUCAUGGCUGGUAUCAUUGGUAUUUACGGAUUGGUCGUAUCAGUUCUCAUUGCCAAUGAUCUAAGGCCAAAUCUCCCACUAUACACUGGAUUCAUUCAGCUGGGUGCUGGGUUGUCCGUUGGUUUAGCUGGUUUGGCUGCUGGCUUUGCGAUUGGAAUCGUCGGAGAUGCGGGUAUCAGAGGAACAGCUCAACAAAACAGACUCUUCGUCGCCAUGAUCUUGAUUCUCAUUUUCGCUGAAGUUUUGGGUCUGUACGGUCUCAUCGUAGCUCUCCUGAUGAACUCCCGCGCCAAUCUCGAUGCUGUUUGUUAAACUCUUCAACAACACCCCCAUCAACCGCCAACUUUAAAACAGCCUGGGAACUGGCCCUCCUCAUGAACAAACUACCUUGUGUUCAAGGGAGUCCAGACCAACCCGGGAUUAUCGCAUCUAAUCGAAAAGUUCAUGACAACCAAAGUUUGGAUACAUAUAUCAUCAACCACAAUCAAUCAUAACAAUCAACCACAUCCGAGAAAUCAAUAAAACACUCCAAUAUCUUCUACCAUAUCAUACUCUUCUUUUAUCGUCCUUGCAACACCACAUGCUUUAUGUUUAUUUCCACCAUACCCCACCCCCCACCCCGGUCUGCGGUUAUUCCUGUUUUCUGUUUAUGUGAUCUUGCAUUUUUCAUUUUCACCCGAAGCUUCGGGAAGUGCUAGCUCAGUUUUGACUGUCUGUCUUGUCUGUUUGUGUCCGUAUUUAUGGGACAAUAUUAUACAUCUACAUAUUUUGUCUGGCUUGGCUCGUUCGUCAGGUUUUCGUGAACGAUGGUGAGGGGAUGGAUGUGGAAAACUGAAACAUGUAAUUGUAUAUCUUACAUAUCAUUUUUUUUUUGUCUUCAUCUUUUUCGAAUGGAUUUAUUUUAUGCGGAGGGGAAGCGGAAGGACAGGGUAGGAUUAUCAAUUAUUUGUUUUUUAAGAUGGCAACGUGUGGAGGGAAUGAAGCAUCGGUUUCCUAGUUCCGGUUUCCUGUUUUGACUUUUAGAGCUACAGACGCGGGCUUACAAUGGACGCAUCCUUGUAUUCCCGUAUCUUUUCCCUUUUUCCUGUUUACUUCUUUGUCUCUGUUUUCCCCCUUUUAUUUCCCCCACGGUAACUAUGUUUUUGCAUUUCCAGAGUAGUGGAGGGGGCUGGAGAGUUGCUGGAUGCGGGAUAUAAGGCCAUGAGGACAUGAUGUCCUUGGGUCCUUGGGUCAUUUUGGCAGCUCAGUGAAUAUAUUUGAAUCCUAUUCUCUCACUUUUUAUUGCCUUCUUCUCCUCUUUUGUUAUAUGUACUCGUUUUCUGUAUGGUUUAUUUAUUUCUCGGUUAUUUAUCAUCUUUACCAUUCAUUUGCUGCUUUAUUUCUUCAUGUCGGCCUUAUUUGUGUUUUCAAGAGAUGGAUUUGUUGGUGGAUGGAUGCAGUUUUAUGUGCAGAGCGAGUGACAUUAUUCUCCGAGGGCGCGAUUACAUGUAGCAAGCAGGUCUACCUUGUCGCAAAUCCAUAGAAUAGUUGGUGUGAAAUAGUACAAGUAACUAUGCUUAUUGUAAAGGAUAUAUUGAUUAAUGGAGAUAUGGAUAGUUCUGUAACAAGCACAAUUUUAUACUCAUAACGUUGGUUUCAUUCAAUAAGCCGUCUUAUCUUUGUAGGAUGGAAUUUCUCUC